GAUAAUUCGAAUGAAGCUACAAUAGCACUGUUGUAGUAUAAGCUUUAGAAUCAAGUCUGCAUAAAAUUUUUGGGCUACGUUCAACAUGACUGAGAAACUUAGUGACGAAAUGGUGGAGUUGCUGCUGGCACCAUGGCGAUCAUCUUCACAAGUGACAGGCCUGGAGGGCAGGAUUGUGGCAGCAUUGGAAAUGUAUGACCACUUCUAUUUAGAUGUGGCUGUUACUGGGGGAACUCAGGACGCAAACAAUCAGCUAGCCAAAGCACUGUGUGGGUUAACAGAUGACAAAGAAGAGGUGGAAGAAGGAGAGAAUGAGGAAGCCAUUGAUGACGUAGAUUGCAAAAAGGAAUGGGAGGGGGAGGUGGAACAUUCCAGAGUAACUACUCUGGAAAAAGGAAAACUGGUCAGCAAAGAAAAAAUAACAGUUAAGGCAAGUGAUGACAAUAAUGACUCUCCAACUGACAACCAGCCAAUGGUCCUGCACCCCACGAUUCCCAAUAUCCGUAUUUGGUCAGUUUCAAGUCUUGAUGGCCAAAAUCACCCAAUUGACCACUAUGAUGUGUUGGUAGUCCUCACCUCAGAACAGCACCAGGAGGACCUGCCAGGCCCCAUCAUGGAGCUCCGUAAAAGGGACCAACCUAUGGUCUUAGUCAGAGCUAAACAGGAGCAGGACCUAGUCCAGGAGAAGAUCACAGGACCCUGUAAGACCUGUGCGUGGGAGAGAAUGAGAGAUCGUAAAAUGGAGAUUGAAAGGAAAAGGCUGUCCACCAGAGCUGGAGGGGACAUGAAAGCAAAGCAAACAUUACUGGAUUUAUGGGAGAUUGGAGCAACCAUGACUGCAUCUCUGCCUGAGUUGAGAAAGGAAGCCUUUUGUCAGUUCAUGGUUGAAGUUGUCAGAGAAAACAGAGUUCCAAAACUAUUGAGGAAUACCAAACAAUCUCUGCUGUCAGCUGGACUGAAAAUAGGUAAGGUGCGUCAGGAGGAUGUUGAUUGUCAUGGUGACCUCUUCCAGUCCAUGGAUCUAAUCAACCCCCCAUCCAGACUUUUAUCAGCCCUCACGGCCCUGGAGCACCUCCGGCUGGACCUGGGGGUUCUGGGGCAGACUGGCUCUGGCUGUUCCAGCCUGGUCAACUCCCUCUUGGGCUUGAAGAAUACUGAUCAGGGGGCAUCUCCUACAGGAGUCACUGAAACCACCAUUGAUGUUCUGGGGUUCCCCUACCCGGAGCUUCCUAAUGUUUGGCUGUGGGAUCUACCAGGCAUGGGCAGAGUAGGGGAUCUGGUUCCCAAUGAUGACAAGCUUCCUUCAAUUCAACCUCCAACACUACCCCUUUCUUUGCCUCUGUUUCCUCUACACCCACCAUGUGAUGUCUACAUCCUGGUCUCUCCUAUUAGGCUUAGCUUAGAGAGUGUUCAGCUGCUGCAGAUUUUGUCAGCUCAGGGAAGGUCAUGCUACUUGGUUAUUUCUAAGGCGGAUUUGAUUGAUGAGGUGGCCGUGGAAGAGGUGAGGAGAUGGAGUGAAGAAACUUUAUGUAGAAUAGGCCUCAAGCAGACCACUUUUCUAGUUUCAGCCCUUCAUAUAGGUGACUUGGACUUACCCAAGUUGCAAGAAGCAUUGCGUGGUGCCUUGGCCUCCCACAGAAGGGCUGCUUUUGCCCGUUAUGUGGUUGAGAGUUUGAAAACAAAAGUGUGGGGGGGGAAGAACCUGGGAGAUCUUUGCAAGCUUCAGUGA